GGCAGCCGGAAGCGGGCGGCGCGGAGCGGUAGGCGGCGUUGGGCCGGAGAGGGGCGCGGGGCGGUGCGGGGCGGUGCGGGGCAGGGGGGCGCCACAGCAGCGCUGCGGGCGGGGCGGGGCGGGGGCGCCUUCCGUUCCGUGCUGCGUUUCCAGGCCUGGCGGCGCUAACGGCAGCGGAAAGAGCUCGGGGUUCCCGGGCUGGGAUUUACCCUGGGCUCCUUUCCACCGCUGCCUCGUCCCCUGCACGCCCGGACCCACAGCUGUGCCCCCAGCAGCCGUGCAGCCCGGAGUGCGUAGAAUGGCUUUGGUGGGAAGGCCCUCCCCAGCUGUGCCACCCAGGGCCCAUCUGUGGCCACGGGCACCUCCAGUGAUGGGCACCCACAGCUCUGGGCAGCAGCGCAGCGCCCCACCGCCCUCUGAGUCCAGGAUUUCCUCCUCACAUCUCACCUAAAUCUUUAGUUUAAAGCCUCCCCCCCCCCGGUCCUGGCGCUGUCUGCUGGUGGUGCAUGCACUGUGUGAGCAGGAGGUGCCCCAUGUUUGGCUGCAGAGGUAUUGGUGCGAGGUGGGAGCUGUGCACGGAUGCUGGGUGUCCCUCGUUCAUUUCCUUCUAUCUGGGAGCGUAUGUGGCUCCUAGCAAUGGUGUUCCUAACGAUCGUUAGGGGUUGGUGAUGCUGUUUGCUCAGUUGGACUGCAGAUCCCUCGCCCUUUCCAUGCCCACUGUGCUGCACCUUUCCAGUCUCAGGAUGUCACACCUGCCAGUUUUCUACCCUGCUUUUGGUGUCCCGUCCUCCGAGGAUUGCUGGCAUGGUCCUUAAGGUCUUCUUUCCUUCGUGCUGCUCCUCGGCAGAAAGCGGCAUUUUGAUCGGCCGCUGGAUCCCAGAGCAGAGCUCUGCUGUCAUCCUCGCCGUGGUCCAUUUCCCCUUCAUUCCUGUUCAGGUGAAGCAGUAUCUCAGGGAAGUCCAGCAGGUGACCAAGGUCAGCGUUUCUGUGCUCGGCUCAUGGAACAACAGCAAACAGGAGAAAGAAGAGAGUUUGAGUGAGUUCUUGGAGGACCUUGGGACGAUAUUCUCUCAUGAGCCGUGGAUUCAGAUAAGCAAAGAGGGAGACAGCAAAUUCUGGAACUGUUCUACCCUUCAGAAACAGCCUGACAACCACAGAGAGGAAGAAAUCAUCUUAGUGUAUUAUGACCAGCGUAAAGUCAUGCUUUCCCAUCUGCACCCCCCCUCGGACACAGCUGACCUCGGGGCAGAGGAUGCCUCCAAGCUCUCUGCCAUCUUUAACACAGUUGCAAGCAGCAAGGUGCUCUUCAUGACAGACAGAUACGACGAUGGGCCCAUUAAGAUGACCCACUGGCAGUCGGAUGGCAUUGAAGCAAGCAUCAUUGUGGAGCUGAUGAAGCAGGCCUCGGUGCCUGCCUGCAUGCUGCUGACGUUCCUGCUUUCCCUUGUCUCUGGGGUCUGCAACAGCAGGGUGCUGAAGUUUUGGCCUUUGUCUUUCUUGUGGAGCAAACUCUCAACCUGUGAGCAGCUGGGCCAUCGCCUGCAGCACCUCCAGGUCAUCAGCAGCAGCAAGAAGGCUCAAAACCAGACCCAGCUAAUGAGGAAAGCCAACAUCUUUGUCUCUUUGCUGAUUGAUGUGGCUCUGGGGAUACUGCUGAUGUCCUGGCUGUACAGAAAGAACCAGAUCGGUCACCUUGCUGACACUCUCAUCCCCGUGGCUGAUCAUGUAGCUGAAGAGCUGCAGGACCUGCUCCAGUGGCUGAUGGGAGCACCAGCUGGACUGAAAAUGAACCGAGCUUUGGAUCAGGUGCUGGGUCGUUUCUUCCUUUACCACAUCCAUCUCUGGAUUAGCUACAUUCACCUGAUGUCCCCAUUCAUCGAGAUGAUCCUCUGGUAUGUUGGUCUGUCAGCUUGCCUGGGUCUGACCGUGGCCCUCUGCAUCCUCUCUGACAUCAUUGCCCUUCUGACCUUCCACAUCUACUGCUUCUAUGUCUAUGGAGCGAGGCUCUACUGCCUGAAGAUCUAUGGCCUGUCAUCUCUCUGGCGCUUGUUCCGUGGGAAGAAGUGGAACGUCCUCCGGCAGCGGGUGGAUUCCUGCUCUUAUGACUUGGACCAGUUAUUUAUUGGCACACUGCUAUUUACCAUCCUGCUGUUCCUUCUGCCUACAACUGCACUGUACUACUUGGUGUUUACCCUGCUCUGUUUGCUGGUGGUGAUUGUGCAAGGCCUGAUCCACUUGCUGGUUGACCUGAUUGACUCUCUGCCCCUUUAUUCAAUCAUCCUUCGGUUCUGCAGAUCCUACAGGCUGGCAGCUGGUGUGAAGUUCAGAGUCCUCGAGCAGCAGGAUGGAAAACCUCUUCGACUCCUUAUGCAGCUCCAUCCUUGCAGGCACCCAUCGCUCGUCCUUCCUCUCUCCAUGGGCACAGGAGAGCUGAAGCAGGAGAGCAGAAAACUGGUCACUCAGGAGAGCAUGGGCACAGGAGAGCAGAAAACUGGUCACUCAUCAGUGGGCAAGAGAAAAAUUCAGCUUCUGAAAAAGCAGUGUCUCUAUCAACCCUCUGUCCUAUGGCAGUGUGGUGCAGACAUACAGGCUGCCGACCUACAGCUGUUACCCUAAGGAUUCCUGGACGUCCCUGUGCAAGAAGCUGUUCCUUGGAGAGCUGAUCUACCCUUGGAAACACAAAGGAGAGAAACAGGACUGAAAAAAAAAAAAAAAAAGCAGAAGAGCCAGGAUGGAAAGACUUGGUUAGAAAAGCUUAUUGACUCCUAACGCUUUUGGACCAAAGGUAUCUCAGAGCCAGCAGCUGCUGGAUCCUUUUAAUAACAGUUUGGUAACGUGGGAGGGGCUGAAUUUUUAAAGGCAAAUGUUUUUAAAUAUUAUUUGUCAACUUCCCAUUUCCCCUACAGUGUGUUUGAGCUGGUUUGGUUUCCAGGCUGUUUCUUGUUCAUGCAGCGUUCGUCCUACCCUGCCUGCUGUCUGCCUGCUGGCACCAGGGGCUAAUGAUUCUUCUUGGAGCAAAAGGUUAAACCUUUUUACCACCAGUGCCUCAUGGAACCAGCAUUUAGUGUAACCAAGGAAGUACCUCCUGAGUACUUGAUGCUGUAUACACCUUUUUGUGUGAGAUCACAGAGCCAUAUUAAAACCAACCCUUUGGGUGGUUCCAGA